GAGGCGGACGGAGCCAAGGCGCACCUCAGCGCCUGGAAGGCCGCCUGGCCCGUGAAGCGCGAGGCGGUGGUCGAGGGUGAGCUGGUGCUGGGCGGGCUCAUGAUGGUGCACGAGCGCUCCGACACGGUGACGUGCGGGCCCGUGAUGCCGCAGGGCGGCGUGCAGGCGCUCGAGACCAUGCUCUACACGCUGGACAGGAUCAACGCGCCGCCCUCGCUGCUGCCCAACGUCACCAUCGGUGCGCACAUACUCGACGACUGCGAUAUGGACACUUACGGUCUGGAGAUGGCGGUCGACUUCAUCAAAGGUACAGGAAAUGUAAAUUACUUCCUUUAUCUAAGAAUACAGACAACUGUGGAUGUACUGCCUGUACAGAUGUAA